CUUCUCGCAGUUUAAAAUGGCGGCGUUGAGCAGCGCCGAGUCCCCACCGCCCGUCUUCAACGGAGACACCAUGGACCGUGAUCCGGAGCGGGAGCGGGGACUGGACGAACUGGGCGCUGGGCUCGACACCACUUGCUCCGGGGGGAUUCCCGAAUGUCAGCAAGACAUUCCCGAGGAGAUAUGGAACAUUAAGCAGAUGAUUAAGUUGACACAGGAACACUUAGAAGCACUUCUGGACAAGUUUGGGGGAGAGCAUAAUCCUCCAUCCAUAUAUCUGGAGGCCUAUGAGGAGUACACCAGUAAGUUAGACGCACUGCAGCAGCGGGAGCAGCAGCUCCUGGAGGCCAUUGGGAAUGGCACCGAGUUCUCCUGCUCCUCUCCCACGCCAGCCGGCUCCUCCUCUGCCCUGCUGGACGUCAAGCUGAGCGGGGCGCAGGGCUUCACCCCGGCCCCCAACACCCUGGCCGUCCUGCAGACCCCCACCGACGCCACCCGCGGCAAUCCUCGCUCACCGCAGAAGCCUAUCGUCCGGGUGUUUCUGCCCAACAAACAGAGGACAGUGGUCCCAGCUCGCUGUGGGAUGACGGUGAGAGAUUCGCUUAAGAAGGCUCUGAUGAUGAGGGGACUGAUUCCUGAGUGCUGUGCUGUCUACAGGAUACAGGAUGGGGAGAAGAAGCCGCUCGGCUGGGAUACAGAUAUCUCCUGGCUGACAGGCGAGGAGCUUCACGUGGAGGUUCUGGAGAACGUGCCGUUGACCACCCAUAACUUUGUGAGGAAGACUUUCUUCACGCUGGCCUUCUGUGAUUUCUGCCGGAAGCUCCUGUUCCAGGGCUUCCGCUGUCAAACAUGUGGCUAUAAGUUCCACCAGCGCUGCAGCACCGAGGUCCCGCUCAUGUGUGUCAACUACGACCAGCUGGACUUGCUGCUGGUCUCCAAGUUUUUCGAGCACCACCCCAUCACUCAGGAGGAGGUGUCAUCCGAGGGGACCACCCCCGUGUCCGAGGUUUGCCCGUCCCUGCCUCCCUCUGACUCAACCGGGUCCUUGUGCCAUGCCACCGUCUCCCCAUCCAAGUCCAUCCCCAUCCCGCAGAGUUUCCGCCCAGGGGAGGAGGACCACCGCAACCAGUUUGGCCAGAGGGACCGCUCCUCCUCCGCCCCCAACGUCCAUAUCAACACCAUCGAGCCAGUCAACAUUGACGACUUGAUUCGUGAUCAAGGUUUACAGAGGUCUGAUGGAGCCCCCCCGGCCCACCCAGCCCGCUGCUUGAGGAAACAGCGCACGCGGACCUCAAGUCCCCUCCUAUACUCCUACCCCAAUGACACUGUCUUUGAUUUUGACCCCGAGCCUGUGUUCCGAGGCUCCACGGCAGGACUGUCCGCCACGCCCCCAGCCUCGCUGCCAGGCUCCCUGACCAAUGUGAAGAUGCCGCAGAAGUCGCCAUGCCAACAGCGCGAGCGAAAGUCGUCGUCUUCGUCUGAGGACCGCAAUAAAAUGAAAACCCUGGGCCGGCGGGACUCGAGCGACGACUGGGAGAUCCCAGAGGGCCAGAUCACUCUGGGCCAGCGGAUAGGAUCGGGCUCCUUUGGAACAGUCUACAAGGGAAAGUGGCACGGUGAUGUGGCGGUGAAGAGGUUGAACGUCACUGCACCCACUCCUCAGCAGCUGCAGGCUUUCAAGAAUGAAGUGGGCGUCCUCAGGAAAACCCGUCAUGUGAACAUCCUGCUGUUCAUGGGCUACACCACCAAGCCCCAGCUGGCCAUAGUCACGCAGUGGUGCGAGGGCUCCAGCCUCUACCACCACCUGCACAUCAUCGAGACCAAGUUCGAGAUGAUCAAGCUCAUCGACAUCGCCCGCCAGACCGCACAGGGCAUGGACUACCUGCACGCCAAAUCCAUCAUCCACAGAGACCUGAAGAGCAACAACAUCUUUCUGCAUGAGGACUUGACGGUGAAGAUUGGUGACUUUGGCCUGGCCACGGUGAAGUCCCGCUGGAGUGGCUCACACCAGUUUGAGCAGCUCUCUGGGUCCAUCCUGUGGAUGGCCCCCGAGGUGAUCCGGCUUCAGGACAAGAAUCCGUACAGUUUCCAGUCGGACGUGUAUGCCUUUGGCAUCGUGCUGUACGAGCUGAUGUCUGGAGUGCUGCCCUACUCCAACAUCAACAACAGAGACCAGAUCAUAUUUAUGGUGGGCCGGGGCUACCUGUCCCCAGACCUGAGUAAAGUGCGCAGUAACUGCCCCAAGGCCAUGAAGAGGCUGAUGGCCGACUGCCUAAAGAAGAAGCGGGAGGAGAGGCCCCUCUUUCCGCAGAUCCUGGCCUCCAUAGAGCUGCUGGCACGCUCGCUACCCAAGAUCCACCGCAGCGCCUCGGAGCCCUCUCUCAACCGCGCCGGCUUCCAGACGGAAGAUUUCAGCCUGUAUGCCUGCGCCUCCCCAAAGACCCCCAUCCAGGCUGGCUGCUAUGGGGAGUUUUCAGCCUUCAAGUAGAGCUGCAGACAUCACUAGUCCAUCCCUCAUCACCUUUUUGCUAAGUCUUGUGUUCCUACAGUGGGUUCAUGCAUAAAGCUGAAAAAAAAAAAAGAAAAACCUAGUCUCAAAGAAUGUGCUGUUUCUCUUUUCCCUUAACCUGAAGAGCUACAGCCUCAAAAAUGGAGUUGCAAACGACAAAAAAAAGGAAAAAAAGGACAAAAAAAGAAAAGAAAAACGACAACAAAAUGAUCUCUGCAACAGGACAUCUCUGGUUCACAAUAUGUAAUACAAACAACCAGGCUUGAACCCCCCUCCCCCUCCCCCCACACCCCACCUCCCCUCCAGCCACAACAACAACCGACAACAAUGACAACAACAAAAACACUUGAACAUAAAACAACCAAGAGGGAGAUGAAUGCUAAUGGGAUCAACUACGUACAUAAUCCAAAGGAGACUGUUGCGAUAGGCUGGGUAAUGGAGAGAGGACGGGGACACGGCGCCCUCCCCACGAUGGGCAAGAGAAUCGGAAGUCGGAGCGUUUUGAAGGAGGAGUGCGAAGACGAGAAGGGCGCGAUGGCGCCAUUCUGGAGUCGUCCGCUAUCUCGCCAAACAAGGGCAGACGAGGAGUGCGGGUCCGGAUGGGUGUUGGUGCGGAUGGGGGUGGUGGCGGGGGUUUAGUUGUAGCCAACCAGGGCACAGGAUACUCUUUAUCCACCAUUGGCACUUGACUGUGGACGGAAUGACCGCUCCAACCCGGUGGUGUCUCAUUGGCUAGCGUGGGGCGACGGAUGUCCGGUCAGAGCCAAUCCCAGUGAGGUGUUUUGAGGUCAUAGGGCCAACCUUGUUUGGAAGAUGACUUGAAUGACAUUUUUGAACAUUUGUUUUCUUUCUCUUGUGUUUUUUUUUCUUUUUUUUUAAUAUCUAAAUGUUUUAGGGUAUAAUGGGAGCUGCUGGUGUAAAAGCUUUUCUUUUUUUCUCUCUCUUUUCUUCUCAUGUUGAGCUUGUUACAACAGAAGAGGAUGGGAUGCUCUUCUUAGUUCCCCUCCCUUCUCUCGGCUAUGUAGAAAGCAAGUCCUGUAUACAUUCCUUCCCUACCCCGUGUUGUCCAGUCUCAUGCCUGUACAAAAAGAAGACAUGGCUCACUCCUGCUGCAUCGCUGACCACAACCUCCACAAUCCCACAACCACUCACAUUCCAUGGCAGUGAUCAUUUUGCUCUGUUGUACAAGGCCACCAAUGUCCAGUGAGUCAAAUGUAGUUGAGAUUCAAGCAUCCACACCAUGUGCAAAAUGGCAUGUUGACUAAUCGCCAUCUUGGUGCUCUAGAGGUUUUUUUUUUUUUGUUUAGUUUUUUAGUUUUUUUAUUUCCUUGAAAAUGCAGCUAUAGAAACACCCUUACUUUAACCCCAGCUUUCAAAUACACAGCACAAUUAUUCUGCACAGACUGAGAAGGUUUAAUUGUGUUUUUGUUUUUUUUGUUGCUUUUUUUUUUGGUCAGGGUAUACUGGCUUCGAGCUGAUAAGCUACAUUCAAAUAAGAGGUUCAGUUCACGUCGAGUCAAACAGAAAGUACUUCACUGGCUGUGUCAGUAGUACUACAGCAGUAUGCUGUAGAAGCAGAAAAACAAGUCUGUUUUUGCACCAGCUUAUCCGAAUUACAGUGUCAGAUAUCAGUAUCACUGUAAAAUGUAUGCUGUGAAAAGGUUAUGGUGGCUGGAGAGCGCUUGCUUUUUUUCCCUUUCAAAGCCUGCUCCAGGGGAUGUUGCCUAAUGGUAGUUUCCGUUUUUCAAAUGGAGGCUUUCUAGUUCACAAAAAAGCCAGGCCAGAAUGUGAUUAUGCGGAUAUAUUCGCAUGGCUACAUUCCCACAGCUUUUGUGGAGACAAAUAUAUAUAGUGAGAGAGAAAGAGAGAAACCGUUUCAGUCUAGGAAGAAUUUUAUUUAUAGCUGAUGGAAAUAUUCAUGAACAUGGGUGUCCAGAUGAAUCAGUGUAAGCCGGUCAUCGUUGUUGAGUUUUGCAGGUCAAAGUCAGUUCCAAUGAAUUUAGUGCAAUGCGAAAUUUACCGUUCCUGUUUUUCAUUUUGUUUUGUUUUUUUUUGUUUUAAAUCUUUUGCAAGCUUUGGCAUUCAACUCUCUUGGACUCUCUCGCUUGCGCUAUUUCAGGUGUGUUUUUGUCUGUCUGGCUUUGAACACCAAAAAGUUUGGCCUGGGAAAUGUUACAAGAUGGCUGCCAUCUAUCUUUCUUUGCUCAGAAUUCACAUCCACAACUGGAUUAAGCUUAAUGUUUUGGAUAUCUCUGAAACGUGCCAGCUUUUUUUUUUUUUUUUUUUUUUUUUAAGUAGAAAUGCUUGUCAUGUUUUGCAUUCCAGUGUCCGUUUGAAGGGGUCAAUGGUUUUUAUUAUUUUUUUUCUAUUGUUUUGCCUUUUUUUCUUGUGGUCAGGCAGGCCUGCAAAGUUAAGACUUUAUUUAUGUGACUUAAAAUGUAUUGACUCUUUUUGUUUGUUUGUUUGUUUGUUUAUUCUUUCCAAGAGGACUUUAUUUUUAGCUGUGACUAUAUUUCUUUAACUUUUUAUGUGGAUCCUGAGAUGCUUGUACUUGCACUUUGUGGAAAUUGGUUGAAGCAAACGAGCAAUUUUGCCUUUUCAUGGACUAAUAAAUAUCGUCAUAAGCAUAACGGCACCAGUUAAUGAAGCGCCGUAAAGCAGCUGUGUGUUCGGUAGUUGAGAGGACUAAGAGGCGAGCAGUGAUGCUGGGGGGUGGUUACAAAAAGGGAUGCUGGUUUCUUCUCCAGCCCAACCACCUCCCCCCCUUUUAGUUUAACAAUUCCUAUAUUAAUUAGAUUUUUUUUCACUGCUGACAUUCCUUAGCAUUAUGUUAUCCCUCCAAAAUGUCAAAUUUCUGUUUAUUAUUAAUAAGAUUAUUAUUAUUAGUCUUUGCAGACUUCGCAAGAGUAUGUUUUUCUUGUGGCUGGCAGAGAUCACACCCAUCCAUUUUCACAAGCCCAGUCUCCCAGUCCUCCUCUGCAGAUUGGAAUCUCUUCUCUUCUCUUCUCUUCUCUUCUCUUCUCUUCUCUUCUCUUCUCUUCUCUUCUCUUCUCUUCUCUUCUCUUCUCUUCUCUUCUCUUCUCUUCUCUUCUCUUCUCUUCUCUUCUCUUCUCUUCUCUUCUCUUCUCUUCUCUUCUCUUCUCUUCUCUUCUCUUCUCUUCUCUGUCUACACAGCGCUGCAUGCUGCCUGGCUUUUGUUUCUAGCUAAUAGCUCCAUGUCAUGUUUGCUAUUGUACAGAAUACCCACAGGCACUACUCGACACAUGCACAUAUGGUUGCACACAACAAGCAAGGAUCCAUCCCUGAUUUGGGUCCGUCUCGAUUCAGGGGAGUUUCAGAACAGAUGUUUCCUCGUGAGAGGAAUAGCAAAGUGUAAAGCAAGUUGGUUUUGGUGUAGGUGGGGUGCCGUCAACAACAGCAGAAGAGAGAAUGUGUUGAUUACUGUCAUAACAUGUAUAUUAUUUCUGAUAAACCUUUUUUUCCCUCAUUCUUGCUGACUGCAAAAUCCACCAAUAUCUACAGUGGAACUUUACAAACCAUGAACGGGAACGCUACGGGAAUACAUGGGAGUGUGUUUUUAAUGAGUGUUUUAUUUAUUUUUGAGAUGUUCUUAUUUUCUAUAAGAAUGUUGUCUAAAAACAAAUAGUGAGGGUGAAUAUUUCCAGAUGUUGUUUAAUCUUGGCUGUGAGUGAGACUGUGGGUCUUGACUGAGGUGUCUUUUAUAUAUUUCUUCUAGAUCCUUCCCCUCACCCUGUCCCUCUCCCAUUUCCCGUUUUACUGUAGGUUCCAGAAUGUCCUUUAGUGUCUGAGAAGACUCUCUUGAUCUUAACAAAUCCGUCCCCGUCCUUGUCCCCCCCCCCCACCCCAGGCUCCCCCACACCCCAUUUUCACGCCCCUCUUCUCUUCCUGCCUCCUUGCCUGCACCUUAAAUCUCUUUGUCCCAUAAACCCAUUCAGCUGAGCACUAUCACACACCUUUUUUGGGAGAUUGUUUUCACCUGUAAAUAGCUGUACAAAGGAGAAGAAAAAAAAACACUGUCCAUUUGCUAAGAGGCAUGGAGACUAAACAUGAAAUGAGCUAUAAAAUAUUUCGAAAUGACAUAAAGGUUGACAUAAAUACCCCGACAUUUUGAUAGAGGAAAUUCUGAGAAAAUAUUUCUGUGUAAAAAUAUUUAAGACUGUAUAUUAUAAAAGAAACAGAGCUUAAUGUAUUUGUUGUGAAUAUGAAAAACUGAUAUAUUAAAGAAGUGCAUGAAAAC